AUGUUAACACCAUCGUUGGGGAAGUCCCCGGGAGAGGCAGUUAUUUGGCUGCUGGUGGCCAUUCUGGCUGUCUGGUCUACUUCUGACCAGUACCAGGCCAGCAAUCAGUAUCAAUACCAACACAAGCACAAACGUAAUCAACAACAGCAUCUAUAUCACGGCUACAGCUCAAGCUCAGGAUACUCGGCACUGCGUGUCGGAAUCAUGGUUGAAGCACAUCCUUACCAGCCCACUCCGCCAGCGGUCGACGCGACAGCAGACGAGACACGGGACUUCGUCGAAUCCCUCUUCACAGCGGUGGCGCUCGAUGACUUCGGACAGUCGUUUACCGCUGCUCUCUCCGAUAGCCUCGUCUGGACCGUCAAGGGCAGCAGUCCCAUCGCCGCAACCUACUCUGAGAAGCAGUUUUACAUUGACAAGGUGCUUACGCCGCUCUGGGCGGUGUUGGUUUCGCUGCCCGUUCCGAUCGUUGAGCAUAUCGUUGUGGAUAAGGAGUGGGCUGUGAUUAAUUGGAGGAGUGAGGGACUUGUGGGGAAGUGA